CUUAUCCAAACCGUUGUGGAGAUAAGUAACAAAGUUCACAUUUAGAUAAAGCACUUAAGAUAAAGGUGGGAGGAAAACCAAAUUAGGGUGUUACAGAGAUUUUAUAGUGUGUGUCAUAUCAGCAGUGUCUGGUAGUGGCUGGCAACCUAAAUAAUAAAUGCUGCUUAUUGAAUGCACAUGCACAGUAAUUAAGACAGUCCUAUGAGCGAAUAUUUGCAAGAAAGGUCUCAGAAUCAAAGGGUUGAAGAAGAGUGAACAUUACGGAACUUCUUCAGUUGAAUGAAAGGGUUUACUACUGAUCACAACUUUGCCAUGACGGUGGCAGUUACAUAACCGAGACGUGCGCUUACGCAUGCAGACUGCGGUGUUGUGUCUGCAUAUAUAUGGACAGGCGUAGUGAACGAAGGGACCUUUUGACUUGACAGCCUAUUUUACGAGAAUACGAGUCCUCCAGAGCGAACUAAGGAUUGUGAGCUGACAAAGUGGAAUCAUGCAGGUGUUUUAUCAGAAUGGAAAAGAAACCCCAGAGCCCGUAAAAGCAAACAUAUCUGGCACAGUUCCUGACUGGUUACAAGGAACCCUGGUGCGCAAUGGACCUGGGAUGUUCUCUGUUGGGGAUACUGCCUACAACCACUGGUUUGAUGGCAUGGCUCUCAUCCAUAGCUUCACCUUUAAAGAUGGUGAUGUCUACUACCGGAGUAAAUUUCUCAAGAGUGAUACUUUUAAAAAGAACACAGGUGCCAACAGGAUUGUGGUGUCUGAAUUUGGGACCAUGGUCUACCCUGAUCCCUGCAAAAACAUAUUUUCAAAGGCUUUCACAUAUCUCAGCAAUGCUAUCCCUGAUUUCACGGAUAACGGCGUUGUGAACAUUGUAAGAUAUGGGGAAGACUACUAUGCAGCAUCUGAAGUGAACUACAUCAACCAGAUUGACCCUCACACUCUGGACACAGUUGGACGAGUAAAUUACAGGAACCAUAUUGCCCUGAACCUGGCUACUGCACACCCUCACUACGAUGAAGAAGGAAACACAUACAACAUGGGCACAGCAAUCAUCGGUCUUGGCCGACCCAAGUACAUGAUAUUCAAAGUUCCAGCCAACGCGUCAGGUAAAGACAAGAAAAAGCCAGCCUUGAGUAAAAUAGAGCAGGUGUGCUCCAUCCCCUUCAGAUCAGCCCUCUACCCGAGUUACUUCCACAGCUUUGGCAUGACUGAGAAUUACAUCGUAUUUGUGGAUCAGGCCUUUAAGCUUGACAUCCUCAAGCUUGCAACUGCCUACUUCAGAGGGGUUAACUGGGGAGGCUGUCUCAAGUUUGACAAAAAUGAUGUCACAGUAUUCCAUCUGAUCGACCGGAAGACUGGGAAAGCCGUUUCCACAAAGUUCUAUGGAGAUCCUUUUGUGGUGUUCCACCACAUAAAUGCAUAUGAGGAAAAUGGGCAUGUUGUGUUUGAUCUGAUCACAUACAAAGACAGCAACCUGUACGACAUGUUCUACAUUGAAAACUUGAAACAGGACACAGACAAAUUCAUAGAAAACAACAAGAUAUUCUCACCACCAAUCUGUCAGAGAUUUGCCUUGCCCAUCACUAUUGAAAAGGACACGCCAGUGGGGACAAACCUUGUGACACUAGAAGACACCACAGCAAAAGCAGUGACUCAAAAGGAUGGCUCAGUCUUCUGUUCGCCUGACUCACUCUUUGUGGGUUUAGAAUUGCCACAGAUUAAUUCCAAAUUUAAUACCAAAAAGUAUAGAUAUUUCUACGGCUCCAGGGUGGAGUGGUCUCCACAUCCAAACAAGAUUGGCAAAGUAGACAUUGUCACCAGGACUCAUAAAGAGUGGAGUAGUGAAGAGUGCUACCCAUCUGAGCCUAUUUUUGUGGCCUCACCCGGCGCUGUGGAGGAGGAUGAUGGAGUCCUUUUGUCCUCGAUCGUGUCUCUUAAUCCAGCAAAAAAGCCCUUUAUGCUUAUCUUGAACGCCAAAACAAUGGAGGAGAUUGCACGUGCAGAAGUGGAUGCCUCUUUUCACAUGGACCUGCAUGGCUACUUUAUUCCUCAAAAGGACAGUAACUAAGCAGGGAUUGCUCAUAUUCAACCAUGUUAGAGGGUUUCACAUUGUGGCUCUUAAAGCAGAGUUCACUAAUAGAGUUCAUAGUUUGUAAACGGAUGCACAAGAUUGAGCUAAAACACAACCAGUUAUUUAUAAAGAAUAUUUUAUUUGUUUGUUUGUUUGUUGUUUACAAAUAAUAUGUCAUAUUUGUGCAUGUUAAAGCUACAGUGUGUAGGUCUUAAUGCAAUCUGCUGUGAGAAAUGGAAUAGUAUUCAAAAUGUUCCUAGUGCAUUAUCACCUGUCUGUUUUUGGUGGUUUAGAAUGAGCUCUUUAUAACUACGGUAUGGGUCUGCAUCCGCCAUCAUCCCAGAAAGGACACAUCAACCCUAACAGGAAAGAAGUAUAGAAAUCAAAUUUGGAGUCAAAAUAUGAUAGUAACCUUAUAGAAUACCAUAAAUAGGAAUCUGGUAUUUGGGACAUACUGUAUAUAGAGUAGUAUAACUAUAAGACUGUAUAUAUAAGUUGUAUUACAGAAUAUCAUUGGAGUAUCAUACAUAGAACAUGUUUUAGUAUGUCUAUAAAUCAUUUUAGUAAGGAAAAAACCUGGUUCUAAGGAGGUCCUUUCGUAUGUUUUCACCACUUCAGGGCUGUCACAGUUUACCCAAUACUCUUGGAACUGGAGUGGUAUUCAGUCAGUUGCAAGUUAGCAAGCUCAUCACUAGAGGACACUGUAGCUUAAACUUUUUUAACUCAAGUCUUCAGUAAGGUGUAUUAACUUAUUUGAUUUAACAUAGCUUUACUUUGAUUGUUCUGUUUCAUUUGGCCUUUUGUGAAUCAUGAGGAAUUGCGAUGUCCUUUGUGUCUUUGUGUGAUAAAAGGGGAGGUACUCUCCUGGA